GCGAAACGAUUGUGCAGGAUUGUGGGUGGCAGUGGUAUGGCAUGCGAAAAACGUGAUGAGAAUGGGAAUCAUAACCUCUGUUAUGUGAUGUUUUUUUCGUGUUUUAUCUGAAACAAUGCGUGAAAAAAGAGUUAAUUAACGCAUUGCUGAAAAUUAUUUGAGGUGUUGAACUUUCUAGACCUUUCUUAGAGCUGGACAUCCUUUAAACAAGUCUGAUGGCAUCACAUGGACACCGGAUUUUCGUGGGGAACUUGCCACAUGAAGUAACCCGCGACCAGUUAGUUAGUAAAUUCAAAGACUAUGGAACCGUCGAAUCAGUCGAAGUCAAGACAAAGAAAGACGCUACCACCGAUCAAGUCAUAGCGACAUUCAGCUAUGUGAAUUUGAACACGGACAAGGAAUCGCUAAACCAAUGUAUUCUCCUGCUAAAUGGUGUGAAAUGGGGACAACGUCAUUUGAAAGUAGAGGUAGCGAAAGAGAGCUUUCUUCAACGUUUGCAGAGAGAAAGGCAAUCUGCUAAGAAUUCAUCUGCGACGCAACAGGCAUCUGUACCACAUCAACCACCCAAGAAAGUAUCAGAAAGUCCCUCUAAAGUCUCUCUCAAAGAAAAUAAAAUAUUCAAGAAACAGACAAUAAGGAAGAGGCCACAGAGUUCAUCUGAAUCUUCUGAUAGUGAAGAUGAAAAUGAUCAUUUUCAUUCCAAAAGCAAGUUACCCAUGUUUAAGGGAAUAUCCUCAUUCACACCAACUGAACCUAAGUCUGUUCCACAACAUCAAGUUAAAAGGGAACAGUAUACGAAAAUUGAGUCCAAACAAGCAGCUGUUACCCGAGAUAAUAAUAGUUUCAAGAAAUUCUUAGAGCCUGCUCAUUCAACAGACAUCCUUAAGAAAUUUGAGUCAUUUAGUGAUGUUUGGAAAGAUGAUGAUGAAGUGUCCCAACCUUUAGAAUUGAAGUACAAUGCAAAACUAGGAAAGAAACAGAGAAAUGAUGGACCUUUAAUCAAGCCUGUUACAAAUGAGUGGCAGACUUUUGACAAGUCCCAAGAGAGUGCAGUGGGAACUAAUGCAGCUGAAGAAAAGAGGUUAAAAUCAAUUGAAGAAAAAAGACAUGCAUUUGAACAGCAGAAGAGAGCAGUGCAACAAGCAUUAUCUGAUAAGAAUGCUCCACGGUCCAACAAAAAAAUUGUCUUUGAUGAUGAUGGAAUUGACAAUGUAGAAACAGCCAUUCCUACAAAGAAACCAAGAAUUGAUUCCAGAGAGGGAGUUACCCAUAAACCUCAAGAAAAGAAAUCAAAAGCUUUGUCGCUGUUUGAUGACUCGGAUGAUGAAACAGCCAAUUGGAGUGGUGAAUUCCAAGUGAAAAAGCAGUUUGAGGGGCACAAGGGUAAAAAACUAUUGGAGUUACAAAGUGGAUACAAUAAUGACCAACGUUUCAAACUCGAUGAGAGAUUCUAUGAUAGUGAUGACGAAUCAAGAAAUAAAAGCGAUAAAAAGUCAGAGGAAUCAGAGCCGGGUAUUGCUGAAGAUCUUGCGGAGGAGCGAGAGAAACAACUAGAGAUUUUAUCUGGUAUUCUUGGCAAGCCCAUUUCAGUUUCUCUUCCACCAUCCCAUCAUGAAAGCAAAACUCAAGGAAUGUUGAGGUUUGACCCUUCAAAGCCCAACCAUUCUAAAUAUGAGCUCACGAAAGAACCUCACGAGGGAAAGAAAAAGAAGAAGUCAAAACUUGACAAGAAAAUUGAGGAUGAAGAUGAAGAAGUCAACGAAGAAAAUGAUGAAACUGUGACCUCUAGGGUUCGGCGUGAAGAAAAGGAUCCAGAGCCUGUAUCUCAAACCAAAUUUUAUUCUGUAUCUGACACUCUAGCUGAUUCUCUCAAGCUAGCUAAGGAAGGUCAAAGCUCUGGAUUCAGUUUGUUGCAAAUGUUUGGUUCUUCAAAUUCUUCUUUAGAGGUUAAAGAGAAGCACCCUGAAGUCUUCACUAAAUCACUGCAUAAAGGGCCGAAAAAAGGAUUUAUGCUUGAUGAUUCUUCAUCAGAGGAUGAGGAAACUGAACAAGGCCCAACUGCUGUUGUCAACAGUUCAGCAUUCCAAUCAACUAACAGUUCCAUUUCUGGUGUUAGAUCAACUGGAGGUGUGUGGCAAGAAAGCUUUUUCUUCCAACCAAAUGAUGACCGGCUGAAGGAGGGUGCAGACUUCUUCUCACAGAUCGAUUCUUCAGAUCCUGCUUUGUUUUCUAAGAAAAGAGAGGCUUUGAAACGUAUUGUUAAACUGAAACUCAGAAAGACCAAUCGUAAAGCUAAUUCAUUUAAGAACAAAGUUGGCACUCUAAGAAAGAAAGCUAAUCUAUGGCCAAAAUCCAGUAAUGGGCAAAGGCCAAGAAAGAGACAAAAACACUAAAAAGUUGGUAAAAUUUAAUUUUUAGCCUAUUUUCUUGUUUAAUCUUUUCACAAUUUACAUUCUUGAUUUGCCUAGUCUCAAGUUUAAACCAAGUGGUGAAUUAUGGAUAGGAAAGUGAAAAUAUAAUACAAAAAUAAACAGAUGAAUUAUUAUUUA